AUGGCUGCCACCGACGACUUCACCAUAGAGGCCUUUACUCUGCUAGGCCUUGCCAUCGUCACGAUCGUUGUGCGCGUCAUCGCCCGCUUUCUCACUGUCGGGUUUAAGAACUUUCAGUUUGAUGAUUAUUUGAUGCCUGUGGCUGGGAUAGUCUACAGCUUCGAAACCGCCGCCGCCUACUGCGUCGGUGCCUGGUGGCAAGGCCUCGCCAACAACUCCAUGACAGACCAGCAGCGCAUGACCCUCGAUCCAGCCUCGGAGGAAUAUCGGCUACGAGUCGGCGGUAGCAAAACGCAGGUCAUUGGAUGGAGUCUCUACACGACGCUACUAUGGCUGUUGAAGGCUUGUAUGGCGAUGUUCUUUUCGCGAGUGACGGCCGGCCUCGUCAACAUGACCAUUCGAAUCCGUCUCGCAUACCUCUUCAUCGCUGUCACUUAUAUCGCUGUCAUCUGCUCCAUCUUGUUCGGAUGCCAUCCCAUGAGCAAGAAUUGGCAGAUUUACCCCGACCCGGGAAAUUAUUGCCAGCCGGCUGUUUCGCAUAUUGAUGUUUAUGUGACGGUUACGUUGAAUGUCGCGACGGAUGUAUAUUUGAUUUCGAUUCCUACGCCGAUGCUAUUCAAAGCGCGUCUCCCCUGGCGCGAGAAACUCGAACUCCUGAUCCUCUUCAGCGGCGGAAUCUUCGUCAUGGCAGCUGGAAUACUCCGCUGCGUGCUGAUCGUCACGGCCGGCGCAAACGGCGCCCAACAAGCCGGCAGCUGGGCCUGCCGCGAGACCUUCGUGGCGGUCAUAAUCGGCAACGCGCCCAUGAUCUACCCUCUCUUCCGACGCAUGGCGCGUCGCGCUGGCUGGUACAUCAGUAGCACGUAUGGCGGGGCGUCGCAGUCGUAUCAACUCUCGGAAGGCGACGGGAAGGUCAUGAAUGAUCAUACGUCGACGAUGCAGAGUCGCAAGAAACGGUUUCGGCAUCCGUUGUCGAUUCCCGAUACGCAGUGGAAUAACACGGUGGAUGAUUAUGGUGGGGAGAAUGAGGGGGGGGUCGGUCCACUGGGGGGUCUUCAGGGUCAGGGUCAGGCGGAGGCGCAAACGCAAACUCAGGCUGCGAGUACUGUUAGUGGGGAGGGGGAGAAGAGGAAGAGAGGAUCGACACUGGGGCUGGGGAGGGAGUGGGAGAGGUUGAGUGAGGAGGAUGGGGAGAGGGAUGAUAGAGGGGGGAUCACGGUGGUAAGGGAGACGAUUGUGAGGAGUAAGGAGAGGGAGGGGAAGAGGGAGAGCUUUCUGUGA